AUAGCUGUGGGGAAAGAAAAUGAGUUCCGGGGUGAGCUGCUGAGUCAGAGGUGGACACAAGGAGACAAAGCCAGCAACUGCAGGACCUCGAGGCUCCUCCUGGGCAGACACGGCAAGAUGAGCUUAGAAACUGAGGACAAACGGGCUCGCACGCGCUCCAAGGCCCUCCGAGUGCCCCCAGAACCCACAGGUGCCGACCUCAGCUGCCCCACCCCAGGAUGCACUGGCUCAGGACACAUCCGGGGCAAGUACUCCAGACACCGCAGUUCGCAGAGCUGCCCUCUGGCCAAGAAGAGGAAGCUGGAGGGCUCCCCAGCCGAGCACCUGGCGUCCACACGGAAGUCCCGGGCCCUGAAGCUGGCGCUGGACGAGGGCUGUGGCGCGGACACCGACGGCAGCGAGGACGCCGAGGUGAAGGACGCCUCUGUCUCGGAUGAAUCGGAAGGAACUCCGGAGGAGGACGAGGCUGAGCUGCCAGGACAGGAGGAGAUUCAUCGCCCCGAGCCAGCUGAAGGAAGGAGCCCUGUCAAGUCCCACUUCGGAUCCAAGCCUGUCGGCAGCUCUGCGGGCCCCGCCAAGGGCAGCUACAGCAGCUACCAGGAGAUCAUUGCCACUUCUCUCCUCAACCUGGGCCAAAUCGCUGUAGAGACCCUAGUUGGGGAGGACUUGGGCCAGGUGGCCAAGCCGGGCCCUGGUGUUGUGCACCUGGUUCAGGAGGAGGCUGAGGAAGGGGCCACCAGUGACGAGGGGGAGAAGGAUGUGUUCCUCCGGCCAGAGGAUACAGAGCAGGUGGUGGGAGUCACCAGGGAGUGCCCCCAGGAGCUUGGUCCCCAGGCCGUGGAGGGUGUGGCCAGUGAGGAGUCCAGCAAGAGGAAAGUUGCUCUGGGUAACGAGGAAGAGGAAGAGGAGGAGGACGAAGAGGAGGAGGAAGAGGAGGAGGAGGAGGAGGAAGAGGACGAGGAAGAGGAGGAGGAGGAGGAGGAGGAGGAGGAAGAGGAGGAGGAAGAGGAAGAGGAGGAGGACGAGGAGGAGGAGGAGGAGGAGGAGGAGGAGGAGGCCGCUCCUGAGGUCAUCUGCCAGGAGGAUGCCCCCCUCGCCCCCAGCCAGAAGGCCCCUGAAGCCCGGCCACUGGCCUCGCCCAGCCCCAAGCCUGAGUACUCUGUCCUGGGGGAGGAGCGCUCUGACGAUGGCCGGGACGAAGACACGUGCUCCCAGAAGUCCGAGGUCACCGACGCGUCGGAGAUGUACGAUGUGAUGACACGUGGGAACCUGGGUCUCCUGGAGCAGGCUAUUGCCCUAAAGGCUGAGCAGGUACAAGCCGUCUGUGAGCCCGGCUGCCCGCCCACCGAGCAGGGCCAGCUGGGCGCCGGGGAGCCUGGGAAGGCAGUGAGGCCCCUGGAUGCCCGGAAGAACUACUGCAACAAAGAUCCCUCAAGAGCUGAGAAACGUGAGAUCAAGUGUCCGACUCCAGGCUGUGAUGGCACUGGCCACGUCACAGGGCUGUACCCUCACCACCGAAGCCUGUCUGGCUGCCCCCACAAGGACAGGAUCCCCCCAGAGAUCUUGGCCAUGCACGAGAAUGUGCUCAAGUGCCCCACCCCUGGCUGCACCGGCCAAGGCCACGUGAAUAGCAACCGCAACACUCACAGAAGUUUGUCUGGAUGUCCCAUUGCUGCUGCUGAAAAAUUGGCCAAAUCUCAUGAGAAGCAACAGCCGCAAACGGGAGACCCUUCCAAGAGUAGCUCCAGCUCCGAUCGGAUCCUCAGGCCUAUGUGUUUCGUGAAGCAGCUUGAAGUCCCUCCGUAUGGAAGCUACCGGCCUAAUGUGGCCCCUGCCACCCCCAGGGCUAACCUGGCCAAGGAGCUGGAGAAGUUCUCCAAGGUCACCUUUGACUACGCAAGUUUUGACGCUCAGGUUUUUGGCAAACGCAUGCUUGCCCCAAAGAUUCAGACCAGCGAAACCUCACCUAAAGCCUUUAAAUGCUUCGACUACACGCAUGACGCUGAGGCUGCGCACAUGGCUGCCACGGCCAUCCUGAACCUCUCCACGCGCUGCUGGGAGAUGCCCGAGAACCUCAGCACGAAGCCACAGGACCUGCCCAGCAAGGCUGCGGACAUCGAGGUGGAUGAGAACGGGACCCUCGACCUGAGCAUGCACAGACACCGCAAGCGCGAUGGCGCCUUCCCGGGAGGCGGCCCCGGCGUGAAGGCCCCCGACGCCUCCCAGCGCCAGAGCAGCAUCAGCGCCGCCCCCAGCAGCUCCAUGGCCUCGCCCCAGUGCAGCCAGGCCUCCCGCCAGGACGAGUGGGACCGACCGCUGGACUACACCAAGCCCAGCCGCCCGCGAGAAGAGGAGCCCGAGGAGUCAGAGCCAGCAGCCCAUUCUUUUGCUUCUUCUGAAGCAGAUGACCAGGAAGUGUCAGAAGAGAGUUUUGAGGAGCGGAAGUACCCCGGGGAAGUUACCCUGACCAACUUUAAGAUGAAGUUUCUCUCCAAGGACAUAAAGAAGGAGCUGCUCACCUGCCCCACCCCUGGCUGUGACGGCAGCGGCCACAUCACCGGGAACUAUGCCUCUCACCGCAGCCUCUCUGGUUGCCCUCUUGCUGACAAGAGCCUCAGAAACCUCAUGGCUGCCCAUUCUGCUGACCUCAAGUGCCCCACGCCCGGCUGUGACGGCUCCGGCCACAUAACAGGGAACUACGCCUCACACCGAAGCUUGUCAGGCUGCCCUCGGGCCAAGAAAAGUGGAGCCAGGGUGACGCCCACGAAGGACGACAAGGAAGACCCCGAGCUGAUGAAGUGCCCUGUUCCCGGCUGUGUGGGGCUCGGUCACAUCAGUGGCAAAUACGCAUCCCACAGAAGUGCGUCAGGCUGCCCAUUGGCUGCUCGGAGGCAGAAAGAGGGUUCCCUUAAUGGCUCCCCCUUUUCCUGGAAAUCACUGAAGAACGAGGGGCCUACCUGCCCCACUCCGGGCUGUGACGGCUCUGGCCACGCCAACGGUAGCUUCCUCACCCACAGGAGCUUGUCUGGCUGUCCCAGAGCGACCUUUGCUGGAAAGAAGGGAAAGGUCUCAGGGGAUGAGGGUCUCAGCACCAAGUUCAAGACGAGUGACGUACUGGAGAAUGAUGAGGAGAUCAAGCAGCUGAAUCAGGAGAUUCGUGAUCUGAACGAGUCCAACUCUGAGAUGGAGGCCGCCAUGGUGCAGCUGCAGUCCCAGAUCUCCUCCAUGGAGAAGAGCCUCAAGAACAUUGAGGAGGAGAACAAGCUCAUCGAGGAGCAGAAUGAAGCGCUGUUUCUGGAGCUGUCGGGCCUGAGCCAGGCCCUUAUCCAAAGUCUUGCCGACAUCCGCCUUCCACACAUGGAGCCAAUAUGUGAGCAGAAUUUCGAUGCCUACGUGAGCACCCUCACUGACAUGUACUCCAACCAGGAGUGCUACCAGAACCCCGAGAACAAAGACCUCCUGGAGAGCAUCAAACGGGCUGUGAGGGGCAUCCAGGUCUAGAGCUCAUAAUCCAGAAGCCACCCCACCGAUCAGGACACCUGGGGCACCCCGACUUGGCUCCAUCGAUUACCUCCCUUGCCCUGCCCCCGCGGUGGAGACGCCCAACUUGCAGAGACCAGUUGGCAGCCCAGGGCGGGCGCAU